AUUGGCGAGCCUUUCUCUAAACACGAGGGGUGGGGGUAAGAAACACGCAUCUCGUUCUAUUAAACCACGCGCUCGGUUCGUUAUUAUUUUAUUUAUUUUUACCACAGGACCCCUGGGGGCUCCGUAGGUUCAGGAUUUUACACGAAAAACGGUGCUUUGUGAAUCUCCACACUAUUAAAAACUGAAAUAUUGCUAAUUGUACGUCCUGAGAUUAAGAUGAACAUUAAUUGGGAGUCAGGAAAACGAGAAUCACAUCCAAAACAGGAAGGUAAACUUACCUCGAACACGCCAAACUCCAGCUCCAGCCACGCCGUGCUGUACCUCCGUCUCCGUGAUGAUUCCCAACCGACUGAUCCACAGCGCGGACCCUGGAAAGGACCAAGUCAAAGAGCCACAAGUGUCAGUGUACCUAGUGUCAAGGAAAUCAAAUGGAAAGGCAGUACUGCUGUGCCAAGCAAAAGGAAUGUUUCCAGAUCUGGUGCGAUUUAAAUGGAAAACAAUAAAUCAAGAUGGGAGAACUAUGGACCUGAACACAGAAGAGCGUCUGGAGCAGAGAGACAAGGAACCGGAAGUCCGAAUAACCAGCAUGCUCAUUGUCGACCAGCAAAAAGCCAUGAACAAUAAAUUCAUCUGCUCUGUUCAACACACCAACAAUGCUAAAGAGCAGGAAUUAGUCAUUUCAAAAGAAUCAAAACCGGGCUUAUUUAUUUCCUGCCCACCUCCAAAAGCAGAAGAAAUGGAGGAAGAAGAAUUUAUGGAUUCUGGUUUGUUUAAUCCCAGUCCCAGUUUGUAUUUGUUCAGCAUGACGUACAGUGUGCACAGUGAUGUGGAGCUGCAUCAGGAGCUAGUAAUGACUAGAGCCAUCAAUAAGCUUGCCAAAAUAAACUGUAUUUUCCCUUCAAAGUGUAAGCAUUACAUUCACUGGUAUCAGAAGAAAGAUGGUGAACCUUUCAAGAGAGUCCAAUAUGUAAACAUUGAUGUCCCUCAAAGGCACGAGUUGCAGAACUAUAUGGAAUAA